UUUUUGAACACUUGAAGGAUGGCGACAGAACAGAUAAAUGCGAAGAAACGUACGAAAUCAGAGCGAGUGUUUGCGUACGUGCGUGCGCGUGUGUGUGUGUGCGUGCGUGUACCUAUAGGAAAACUCAUGAGAUAUGAAAAGCAAAAACUUUCUGUGUGUAUUGUGAAAGGACCAGGCCAAGGAUCACCGUCACCAUCGUCGUCGGCAGCGGCCGGUUCACCAUCGCAGCUGAUGCCACUCCGUAUGCCACCGCCAACGAGCGGUGGCAUUAACGAACCGCAGGAGUGUCCGUACUGCAGACGAACGUUCUCCUGCUACUACUCCCUGAAGCGUCACUUUCAGGACAAGCACGAACAGUCCGACACGCUGUACGUGUGCGAGUUCUGCCACCGGCGAUAUCGGACGAAAAACUCGCUCACCACGCACAAGAGCCUCCAGCACCGUGGGUCCAGUGGUAUGCUGAAGCGAUUGCUGAAGACUUCCGCCAUCAAGACGGUACUGUCCGGGAACGGUAGCAAUGUGGGGGCCGGUCUGCACGGUUCCCAUCCACAUGCCCAUCCGCAUCUGUUCGAUUUUGCGGCCGAACUGGGACAACCACCACCGGGCAUUCAGUAAAGUGAGCGAUCCGAGUCCUACAAGUUCCGAACGCGAGGCAGCUGCUGUUUAUCCACUGCAAUUGUAAUACUCUACAGCCUCGAUACACACAACGCAGCAUAAUUACGCACAGAGAGAGAGAAAGGGAGAAAGAGAAACACAAACAGAAGAACGGGUCAACAAUGGUUUUAGCAAACAUCAUCAUCAUCACAUCACCAACCCGAUAUCAACCCUAAACGGACUGUUUAGCAUAUCAAAGCGGUUACUUACCUAGCGAAACGCGUUACGCAGACAGCGUUACGACAGCGUUACGGCGGCGUUACAACAGCUUACUUUUACAUUUUCGUUAGUACAUAUCCAUGGUGACCAAAGUGCAUAUCAAAGCUAUAUCAAAUCAGCCAUCACCUUAAACAUUGGGUUGUAUAGUAUCUUAUAUGUUCGUGCACGUACUACUUCGAACGCCAAUUAAGCAUAUCCACCCAGUAUUGACAUCCUGCAGAGCUGCAACCGUAGUAAAGGGGAAUUAGUUCAGUGUUUUAAAAGCUUCCUUCUCGACGAAGGCGACAAGGUGCAAUAUUUGUUUACACAGAGUGGCGUCAUGUGCCCGACCAGUGGUGGUGAAAGUGGCCAAUUCAGACAAUCGGUACCAGUGGCGUAAGAUUGAAAAUCACACUUUUUUAUCACAGUGCGCAAUGGGUGGAAAACUUUGUCUUUAUUUUGUCUUCGGAAAUAUUUAUGCCCAGAAUGGUCAGAAAAAAACACAGAAGAUUGUAUUAGUUAAGGAAGUUUUGGGAUGAGAGAUGGAAAAAUCGUAACUUAAUUAAUGCACACAAUUUGUACAGUACUUUAUUCGUAUCAUUUAUUUUACUCCACGUAGCAAUGUAGGCAUGUGCAAUAAUUCAGACAUAGGAUGAAAAGAAGAAGCGCGAAGUAGGUACGCCAGAUCUAAUUCCAUCAAGAAAACAUGUGUUGUGACAAUUCAGAAAAUCGAGCGGCCCUUUCCUUCAUUCUAUGUUCGGCAAGUCAGUAAAAAUUUAUUAUCCUUAAACACAUAUCAAUCACGCAACUGGAAUAGUUUUAUGUUUUUUUUUUUGUGAAUUUAACCGUUUCGAUUUCAAUGUGAUGUGUAACGUGUGACCCGUGGAUAAGCAAUCCCGUCGUAGCACAAGGAUGGGGGGCGGGUGGCACCAAACGAAACAAGGCUGGCAAAGCUAUCUUGCUGAAGAUUGUUUUAUUUUAACGCUCUAGAGACAUGUGCGGUGUAUGGGCGGUACAUCUGCCCAGAAGGUUCGGUUCCGGAUGUGUACAAUUAGUUGGAGGGCAGACAAGUGGUAGAUAAAUGGACACGACGCGUAAGCUUAAGGAGAUCAAGACAAAGAAAACAAAAACGAAUAACUGUGAUUUUAUGAGAGAAAACUAAAAUGAGAAAAAAAAAAGAAAACAAUUAAAAUUAAUUAUUUAAAUGGUUUAACUUUCGGUUUUCGAUUUAACUAUAAACCUUUUUCGAAACAAGCAAAAAAAAAAACAAAACCCACACACGGAUCCAAAGUUUCAAAAUUUGCAGUCGCAAAAAAGUUUGCAACGUCGCGUGUGUGUGUGCGCGUGUGUUUGCUGUGAGGAUAAUGUAUAGCCACAGUUCAGGAGACACAAAUACAAAAACCUUACCAAAACCAAAAAGAUAGCAAAAUUUAAAGCAACACAAAUGUGUAAGGUACAUUAAGGGAACGCAGAGAAUAUUACAUAUUUUUAAAAGAACUGACUAGUAAAGCACCUCAACUAUCCUUUUUCUUUACAUACCCUUAACACGUUUUGAUAGUGCUCUUAUAGGGGCGCAAGGAACAAAUCCUAGUAAAUUCAGCAAACUCUUAGGUAAAGCACUAACAACGUGCGACAAUAGCACAGCACAUCGGAGGAAAAUAAUAGUAGAUUUUUCCGUUUUCCACGAUGGAAUUUAUUUACAAUUCAUACAGUCUACAAUAAUCUAGCAAAGGAUUUUUAACUACAUAAUGUUAUCAUUGGAAGGAAAAAAGAUGUAAAACAUUAUUCGGAAUUAGUGCAAAUAGUAAGCAUUUAAAAACCCAUCACACACAUAUACACACGCGCACACUCGCAUUCAAAAAUAAGAGAAGAAUGUACAAAGAGAUAAUGUAGUGUUACAGCAAAGAAGAUGGCGGAGAGCGUAAAGCGCGCGACUACUAAGCGUCACCUUAAUGUACUAUCGUUUCACACAGAAGCCACCACAGUGGUUCUUCCACAGGCAGAGUCAAACGUCAAAAAUGAUAGCAGCAAUCAACUGUAGGCUGCUACUAAGAAGGCAAAGGCACAACACACAACAGGGAUUUGAUCACACUCAGAAAGGAAGGGAAAAGCAACAAACAAACAAUAAAACUAUCUCUUCUCGUCGAUGAAUGCAGGCCCAUUGAACGGUUGGGCCAAUGAAACCAGUGACAAACACUGCUGUACAUAAUUAUAAGACUAAGAGGUUUGACUUGAUUACAAUUUCAUCAGCACAAAAGAGAUUGAAAGAGAUAUAGCAACCCAGCGUUGAAUAGUGGUACGAAAACACACAUCUACAAAUCACAAAACACAUCUAAAGGAAGCGUGUGGCAAAACCCGUGUAAAGCGUGAGAGGGUGUAUGAAUUUAAAUAUAAUUCCGUAUACCAGACCGACGGUGUCACCAGAAAAAAAACAUUUAUUGCAAUCGGAAAGAAUUGGUCUACAAGAUCUGUUACAUUUAGCUAUAAAAAUUGCAAAAUUUUUUUAUGAGAAAAAAAAACUUAAACCUACUGUCUUUAAGAGAAAUAAAUCACAAAACACACAAACACACACAAAAAACAUAUCCUAUGCUCAAGUGAAAGGGAAAAUUUAAAAUAAAAGAAAACAAGACAAAAAACAAAACAAAUCACACAAAAACACUCUACACACUCAAUAAAAUGAGCAGAGCAGUGUUGAAUAGCAUAAUGAGGAAGUAGGUGAAGGAAUGUAAGAAUGUACAACAAAAAACACACGAAUUAAAACAAUCGAUGGGGGAAAAAAGGUAGCAAGCGGAGCAGUGCAGUAUUAAGAGACUUGCAAGUGUUUUAUAACUCUAAAUGUACGAAUUAUUAACUAUCCAAGAUAACUUUGUAUAGGGUAUCGGUAUAAAUCCUGAAGCAAAACUUGUAAACUUGUUCGAAUUUAUCACAUGGAAAACAUAAAAUACACACACACACACACACACACACACACACACACACACACACACACACACACACACACACACAACGCAAAUCAUUACACAGCAACGGAGCCACACGUCCCACAUUGAGGGACAAAGCGUGUGAAAAAACAGUAAAGCAAAUAUACUAUUAAAGUGUGUAAGCCAACUAGCCAACAGCUACUUUCGAUGGCAGGGACUUCAUCUUAGGACAUACAAUUAAUAGGUUAAUAGUGUACGUACGGGUAACGAGUAUCGUACAAAAACACAAACACACAACACAAAUAAGAAAGUAACAGAGGGUAAUGCAUCAUAUUUACAGUGGUCGCGAUAAGUGUAUGUUCGGAAAUGGGAAAGGAAAACAAAAAUCAAAGCACAACACACAUAACCUCAAAAUCGGUGGUAUAAUCAACGGUGCCAAUGUGUUUUUUAGUUUCCAACUCAGCCACCGUAUAGCACAGAAGGAAGUGAAGCAAAAUGGCAGACAGAAGCAAUGGAGUGAUUUUUAUUUUUAAGUUUUCUUUUAUCUUGUUAAUUGAUCAUCGCUUCUUUUGACAGGUGCUCGCCAAGAGUUAGAUGUGAAGCAUUUUAAAUUAUACAAAGAAAAAAUUUGCGCUGUCGUUUUUUUUUUAAUUCUCCUAUCAUUAAGCAAGAGAUAUAUGUGAGAUUUCUUUUACAUUCGAUCUCUAAACGAUGGCUUAAAAACUAAAAGGGAAAGCGUUGCGGUUGGGCAACUUUGUUUAGGCGUUUGGCAAAUUUAAUUUUCCUAUAGCAAUUAUUUCUUUAAAAUACCAUUGUUCCUUAUUAGAAGACGAUCCAGGCUGGUGGUGCACGGCUGGCUGGAAGGAAGACAGGGAAAGUCGUGACUGUGCGCGGACAAGUGCGACAAAGAUCCGAUCGGUCAACCAAAGCAACAUUCCGAUUAGCAGCGUACACUAAUAAACUCAAACCUUCAGAACUCGUUUCGGCCACACAACAGGGUGCAACAAAUUUGUUUGAUUUUCCUUGUCACAGUAAAUUGUUAACAAGAAAAAAAAACCCCAAAUCGUACAGAUGAUAUUGUGUAGCUUAAUUUCAGCGAACCUAAACCGUCAGGGAUUUUAUAGCAUCUUGCAAUAGCUCGUCGGUGUGUAUGGGUAUCGUGGCCAACAGACAAAUCAUAAAGCAAUCAAAAUCAGGGAAUUUGGAAUGUUUGUGUCCUCCAGCACGCAAGACAAAAAGAUGGGACGCACAUGUGAUUAUUAUUUUCUUAAUGUUUAAUCUAAUUUACACUCAAGGAGCAAGUGUGUUUUUGAGUGAGCUUCAAGUGGUGACACGCCCAGUGAAAAAGGUAGUAAACGGUACAUCACCCGCUUCAUCAAGCGUUUAUGUGUUAGUAUUUUAUUUUUCUCAUGUGAUUUAUGAUUCAGCAAUAAUGGAAAAAAACAGGCACCAUCUCUCAAGUAUACGGCAAGCACUACUACUACUACAGACUCUGACUCUGACUGUAGCAACUAUCUACUACAGACAGAAGAAACAGAACAGCAUUAAGCUUAACAAAAUGGACAGCACUGUACUUCAUUUGACACUACAAUAAAACAAAAGCCCACAACAAAUGACAGUCAGCUUUAUUACGUUGGAAAGCCUAUCUUUCAACAGUACAUAGGCGUUGUAAGAAGAUAACAAAAGAAAAAGAAAAACCCUUUUAAACACCAUUACAAAGCAAAACGCAUCUCAGGUCUCAGGUUUAAAAUGCUAAUCUUAAGACGUAUGAUGCAGAGAGUAGCAUCUACUUUGGCAUAGAAUUGAUAACACUGCCCGAUUUCAUUCGAGUUCGAGCUACUUGGUUGUAAAGAUAUUUUAACCUAUUGUUUCUUUUCGUUUUGUUAUUUUUUGCUGUGAAUUGCAAUGGAACGAAAUUUUUCAAAUGGUUGUAACUAGUAAUUUUACUUUUUCAAAACUCACUUAUAAAAGCGCCAUCAAAACCAAGUUCAAAUGCAACCAAGCUGCCUUUUUAUCAGAGUACAACAAGCGCAAAUGAAAGCAAAACAAAUAAACAAAAACACACUCUAAGAUGGAAGACCUGGAGAGGAGCAAAAAAAAACAGUUGAUGGGAGAGCAAAACAUACAGAGAAGACCAGGAAUCAUGAAAAUGUGUGCAAUAUUUGGAUCAAUUCACAAAACCUCUUAGUAACAUGAAGAAGAGAAAAAACAAACACAAAUAAAGCCAAUUUAUUUAUUUAGAUACAUGAUGAAAGUAGUAAAAAAAAGAGAGAGAGAGAGAGAGAGAGAGAGAGAAAAGGAAAGAGAGAAGUAUAAAUACAAUGCAAAACAAUACACAAAAAAAUGGAACCAAAAUGGAAGAUGGGGGAGACGUUUCUUAUUACUGAAAAACCUGAACGAAAUACCUCAUGAGCUAGUAAACGGCAUUUAAAAAACAAACAAAAGAAAGAAGAAGUAAUCAAUAAACAGUACAUCACAACAACAUAAUAAGGAAAACAAAUUUGAAAAGAAAACUGACAGUUUAUAAUCGUUUCAAAUCAAACAAAAGAAAACAAAAACACAUGCAUACUUUUACUUAUGUUAGUGCAAAACAUACAAACGUUUAUAAACAAAAUGAAAUAACAAAACCAAACUACAAACAACACAGCUAAACAGAUGUAAGUGAGAUGAUCAUCGUCCUCAUCAGAAACAGGAGCGUUACAACGGAUAAUACAACACAUUCAAACCUCAAAUCACACACGGCACACAUACACACUGUCAAUAUUAGUAUGCAGAUAUAUAAAGGAGGGAGAGGAAAAAAUAUACGAAAUCGAGUUUAAAUGCAAAUUUGAAUAUUAAACCAUACACGCACAUCUAUUUAACGAGUGUGUGCGUGCGUGCGUGUAUGUGAAUGUACUUUUUUUCCUCUUGUGUACACGGUGCUGCUGGGGUGGAACACGAAACUUAGAAGAAUACUUAGGAUACUCUUUAGCUAGGGAUAGGGAUUGAAGCGAAUGUGGUGUGACAGCAUCGCGGGCACAGUGUACCGCCCGCGGAAAAGUCAGGGAAAAUGGCAUAGGGAAAAGCCCUGGUCAGUCAAAGUAUAUACGAACGGAUCGUGUACCGUCGCGGUGCACUUUCACUCUCCCUCUCUCUCUCUCUCUGUCUCUCUGCAGUGGCACCGUACUAAGCGCAAAACUAUACAACGGGAAAGUAAACUGAAACAAUUUUCCUUAUCGUUGUUGUAUCUGUAGAUGUGUUUUCUGCAUCAAAACUAGCAUAAGUUGAACAGUGAGAGAAAGAAGAGAUAAAAAAUCAAGAACAGAGACAGAGACAGAGAUUCGCGGUGGAAAGAAGCUUGGAUAUCAAGACGAAUGAGUACAGCACUACGAACGGGUAAUGCUGCAACUGCACAGCAGAAACAUUCAUAUCCCCUAUCGGACAGUGAUAUUCUGUUCAAACAAAAAGGGAAAAAGGAGAAGUUGAACACGGAGAUCCCCAAAGCGGGCCAGUUUCGCGCGGACACAAAUAAUUGAGGGAGCAGGGAACGCAGACAAAACACGUGCAAACAAAGAAACAUACAAAAAUCACAAUGAAUUUGAGUCAAAGACAUCUUUUGUUGUCCUUUGCUUCAGUAAUGAUAUUCAUACAUUUUCAUGAUAAAUAUAAUAAACUCAAACUAAGAAAAUGUACAACGUCUAA